GCCACCGCCACCGCACUCACCUCCUUCCGGUGCUGCUGCAGCUGCUGCUGGUGCGGGUGCUGCUGCUGGUGCGGGUGCGGGUGCGGCUGCUGACAUGUCGCCGGUGAUGCGGCUGUGCGAGCUGCUUUGGGACCUGGGCGGCCCGGGGGGCGCCAUGAAGGCGCGAGACGCAGACACCGACGAGGAGCCCCCCUCCUGCCGUCUCGCCACUCCUCAUGCUGAGGCUCAAUCGCACCACUCCGACAAACGGCUGCAACCACCGCCCUUCACCGCCACCACCGCCUCCACGUCCCGUCCCUCCCCUCUCCGCCCGGCUCCCCUCAUCCACUCCAUCUGGCUCAACUUCCAGCCCGACCCGACCAGCAACGCGGUGCUGGGGCCGCACUGGCGGCAUGUGGCGGGGCCGGCUGCUGCGUGGCAGGAGUUCGGCGGUGUGGCUGCGUGCGUGGGCCCGGGUUCCUUCGUGCAGGCCAACUACGGGGCCAUGCAGCUGGUGCUUCGGGAGAUAGCGGACAUGGUCCCCGAGGGCAGCCGCGUGACGGAGCUGCAUGCAGGCAUCGGCGUCAUCGGGCUGUCGCUGGCGGCGCGGCGGCGGCUGGCGGCGCUGCGCUGCGUGGAGGUGAACCCGGCUGCCGCGGCGCCCUUCCGCGCCUCGCUAGCAGCCCUGCAGCAGCGGCUGCCGGGACCGCGGGAGCAGCGGGC